AUGGCAUCAGUCGAAAUCCAAUGUACAGUAUGCUACAAGGAUUUCAAGACUGGCGAUGCAGGGGCAGAUAUAGCAGCUCUUCCAUGUGGCCAUACGUUUCAUCGCAAAUGCAUAAGAGACUGGUUAAGGGCAAGCUUUCCAACUAUUCAGCUGAACUACAUUCAUUUAAAUUUUGAACGCCGUUUCACUAGACUUCUGUUUAUAGUGACAAGGGGAGUAAACGGAAAGAUCUGCCCAUACUGCAGAGCCGCUGUUCGCGAAAAUGAAAUAAUUGAGAAGCUUUAUUUCAUUGGGCGGAAAAAUGAAGCGAAUGGAGCUCGAGAGGUUAACGUUCAAGUUUUGCACUGUCACUUAAUGUGA